UUGUCUUGUGGCUCACGCUUGGUGCGUAUCAAAUAAUUUGUGGGUCUAAAAGGAACCAAAAGUGUGGCAAAAUUACAAGUUCCACCCAAUCUGGGUGAUAUUGAUAACCAUGCUACUGCCACCCCUACACUAUUAGUCUCCCUACGCUCGCAUUUUCUCAGCCUUGACCUCAUACCUAAGCACCCUCCGCCGAUCAAUGGCCACCGCACCGAUCACGGAGCUCAUGAGUCCAUCCAACACUCGCGUGGGAUGGAUCGGCACAGGCGUUAUGGGUCGUUUCAUGUGCGGUCGCUUACUCAAAGCCGGCUUCAAAGUCACCAUAUUCAAUCGCACCAUCGCCAAAGCUCAACCACUCCUCGACAUGGGUGCUAACCUUGCUGAUUCUCCCCAUGCUGUAGCUUCCGAGUCCGAUGUCGUUUUCUCCAUCGUCGGUUAUCCUUCUGACGUUCGCCACGUUAUUCUUCACUCCGCCUCCGGCGUCCUGUCCGGCCUCCGUCCUGGAGGAAUCAUCGUGGAUAUGACUACAUCUGAACCUUCCCUUGCCAGUGAGAUAUUCUCCGCGGCCUCCUCCAAAAAUUGCUCCGCAAUCGACGCUCCUGUCUCUGGUGGAGACCGCGGAGCCAAAAACGGAACGCUUGCGAUAUUCGCGGGAGGGGACGAAUCCGUUAUAAACAAAUUGAAUCCCCUUUUUGCUCUCUUGGGAAAAGUUAAUUACAUGGGUUGCAGUGGGAAAGGCCAAUUCGCGAAGCUAGCUAAUCAAAUUACGAUUGCUUCUACGAUGGUGGGAUUAGUAGAGGGAAUGAUUUAUGCUCACAAAGCAGGGCUAGAUGUGGAAUUGUUCUUAAACGCGAUAUCCACAGGAGCCGCCGGGUCCAAGUCGUUGGACUUGAACGGUAGUAGAAUAUUAAAGAGAGAUUUCGAGCCGGGUUUUUAUGUGAACCAUUUUGUGAAAGAUUUAGGGAUUUGUUUAAAGGAGUGUCAAAACAUGGGUCUGGCUUUGCCUGGCUUGGCUCUGGCGCAGCAGCUUUAUUUGUCGCUCAAGGCUCAUGGAGAAGGCAAUUUGGGUACGCGGGCAUUGAUUUUGUCUCUUGAAAGGCUUAAUAAUGUCUCUCUUCUUCAAUCUGUAGCUUCUUCCGAGCAGAAGGCUUAAAUUGGUAAAUGUUUUAUAUUGGAUGAGCUUGUAUUUUCAUUAAAAGUAUCAACAUUUUACUGGUAUUUGUGUAAACUUCCUGUUGGUUUUGUUACUGUUGAAAUAUGAUUUUAUCUUAGUGUUGAUUUAGGGAUGUUGAAGAAAUCGGUACGCAUGGAUGGAAAUAUAGUAUGGUCUAUGUGAAAGAUAUGUAGGAUCCUCAGUGUAUCGGGCCUGUGUGUAUUAUUUUGGUUGAUGAAUUAUUUCCUGGUUGAGGCAAAUGAUCACAUUAGUGUACCUGGAGAUUCUGUUAUUUGUCUUGGUUACAAGUUUUUCUUGGCAAUGGUAACUCUUGCAGUUUCUGUGACUGAUAACUGAGAUUGAAGAUUGGUGACACUAUUUUAUGUGAUUCAUUUUUUAUUUGUGA